UGUUUCUCCUAUCAUCUAAAAGGGUGGUGAAGCAGAUGGAGGCGGUGCUAUCAUUUCAACCAUGACUUCAAAGGAAUCCAUCAUCUUGAUCAUCCAACCAACAAUUUACUUAGCCAUCUAUUCGUGCAUUAUGAGAAAAUACUUAAAUAAAUUGACCUGAAGGAAAACAGGAAGUAAGCUAACCCACAUCUUCUCUAGUUAUUUGCCUCAAGGUUUCUAUGGCACCUUCUGAUUUCUCGGAUAGAAAGACCAUAGAGGAGAGACGAAAUAGAGGGCCUCCAUUUAUCUUAUUACUGCCUCUUAUCUAUGCCCCUAUUCUUCCACUUAUUAGAAUUGGCCUGAGGCGUAGGCCAGUGUUAAGGGAUAGACUGUUCUUUGGGGUGCUUGCCGGUGCCUUUGCUCACGGCACAUAUUUGGUAACUGAUUUAUAUGAUGUUGAGGGUAGGUGAAAUGCAGGCGACGUUUGUGGAUUGCUCUACUUGUUCUUGUUGAACUUCAAAACUGUGUUAAGGACUCACAUCUAUAUAUACAUUAUUUUUUUCUCCCCAUUUUUUUUUCCGAUUUUUUCUACUGUAUUAUCCCGCAUUAAGAAAAUAAUAUAAGAAAAGAAGAACCAUCUCAUGAACAAAUUUCAGGCUGUCACCUGAAGUCAUAAUGUUGAAUUGAACUAAUUGUUUCCUUGGUAACUGUCGUAUCUUAUUAUUAUCAUUCCACUGGAUGUUCAUA